UCCUAUAAUUGACAUGACAUUGUCUUUGGCCUUAAAAUUAACACUUCUCUCAUCUUAUUAACGCGUAGCUGAUCCUCUCUCUCUCUCUCUCUCUCUCUCUCUCUCUCUCUCAGCCAUUCCCAUGUAUUGUAGUGUAGUGUAGUAGGGCCUUUGAAAGCUCUAUAGGUCUUUCUAUUAACUCCCACUCCUCCCCAUACCAUUCCAUAUAAUAAUCCCACUCUCGCAUCAUCAUCAUCAUCUUCUUCUUCUCAAUUCUGCCUCCUCCUUCUCCCCCUAAUCUUCAUAGACAAAUAGAUAGAGCUAGAGAUACAGAUUUCUUGCAUAAUAGUUGUCGAUCGAUUGGAGAGGCUUGACGAGACGAUUAUCUUAGCAAGUCAGCCAAACUAUUGUAUAUUUGUGAAUUGACCACACCAUGAGUCAGGAGGACAACGGGAGGGACGAGCACGAGCACGACAUGGUGAUGCCGGGCUUCCGGUUCCACCCCACCGAGGAAGAGCUGGUCGAGUUCUACCUCCGUCGUAAGGUUGAGGGGAAACGAUUUAAUGUCGAGCUCAUCACUUUUCUUGAUCUUUAUCGAUAUGACCCGUGGGAACUUCCUGCUUUGGCGGCGAUUGGGGAGAAGGAGUGGUUCUUCUACGUGCCGAGAGACCGUAAGUACCGGAACGGGGACCGGCCGAAUCGCGUCACCACUUCUGGGUACUGGAAGGCGACCGGGGCCGACAGGAUGAUCCGAGGAGAGAACUCCCGGCCGAUCGGGCUCAAGAAAACCCUAGUUUUCUACUCGGGAAAGGCUCCCAAAGGGAUUCGAACCAGUUGGAUCAUGAACGAGUAUCGCUUGCCUCAGCACGAGACGGAGCGCUCUCAAAAGGUGGAAAUUUCGUUAUGCCGCGUUUACAAGAGGCCAGGAGUGGAAGACCACCCUUCGCUGCCUCGCUCUUCUUCGCUCGGGACCAAGCCAUCAUCCUCAUCCCGUCUGGCCUGCACCUUAAGCUCAGCAAAUAAGAAGCAUUACAAUAUUGAGAUCAUGGAAAGACAGCUCCAAGCUCAUAACAAUGCUAGCCAGAUCAACAACGAGAACAACAACAGCAGCAUUGAAAAGAUGACCGAAACCGAUGGCAGCUGCAGCAGCUCUGAUGUCUCAAUCGCCCUUGGCCUCUCGAGGCACGAUACCGCUGCCUACUGUCCGCUGGUGGAGGUCAACAACGGGAUUUCCCUCCUUCAACCCCAGCCACCAAAGACUAACUUGCCUUCGGCUUCUUCUUCUUCUUCGGGCUGUUCGCUGGUUCCAUUUACGGUGGAUGAGCUUCACACUAUAGUUAACUACCAGCAUCAGCAGCAACCCGAGCAGCUAGUGCACCACCAGUUUUACGGGCACCAGUCGGCCGAGUCGACACAGUUGUUGAUCUCACCAAAUCAGCUGAGCAGUAGCAAGAUACCGAUCGGGACACUUCAGGCUGCUGCCACGAAUUUCUCUGACCGGCUUUGGGAUUGGAAUCCUGUCCCCGAGACUAAUAGACCAUUACCUGAUCAGUUUGGGAGCCACUUCAAGUAGAAGAAACUGUGAAAGGGCUCGUUGGGUCGACAGAUACAUAUAUCUUACCUUAUACACGUACAAUGACCUGUGUUAUGCAAGUUCCAAUUAAUUUUCACCUCUAGUUCUUCCUAA